UUAAGCCCGCCUUCCGCGGGAACUGCGGGGCAAAGACCCGGUUUUCACCCGUUUGUGUACGAGCUGCCAGAGCACUCGGCGCCGUUGAAAGGGUUAACGCGUUUCUUUCUAAUAUUGUUUAAAAUUUUUUUUGUGCCAAUGGAAUAAAAAAGGUGCGGCGAAGUGACCAGUGCACAUGUACAUGAUUAUAGAACAAAAUCAACUGGUGUCCAGACUCAAAAAGAAACCAACUAUAACAAGUUACCACAAUGGAGCAAAUCUUCACUUGACUAUUGGAAAGCCUCGCUACACUCAUCUUUGCACAUCCUACACACAUGUCGUCCUGAGCUACCUGCAGAGCUAAUGAUUAACAUGUACACGAUCAAGAAGGAAAGGAUUGAUAGAAGUAAAUGCAGAGAGAAGCAUGGAAUUUAGAACUGCACCGCUAAAGCCAGGACAUAGUGCUUGUGAAAUGUGGUGAUUGUGUUUGAAAGCAAACAGCCCCUUAUGACAUCCAGUCAUUUGUUGUAACCAACACAAGAGGACCAUUGAUUAUUGUUAAGCACAGUUUGCAAAUCAUCACACAAAAUGCAUCAUUCUUCAAAGCAAAGAAAACGCCAUUCAUCAGCAUUGAAUCCGAUUCCGACAUCAACAUUUCAGAUGAACAACGAAUUAAAUGAGACUACACCUGAUAUCAGACGAUACCCUACUUUGUUCAAGUUCAAAUCAUGAACGAGCAACUGCAGGACAUGUUCCAACAAUACCAGCAGAUGGCAGCAGACACGAAGGAAAUGAUGUUUUGAUUUCUCAAUAUACCAGAGGACAGAAAGAAGCAGUGAAAACUAUUGUCAAGCGAAAGGUACAGGGUGGCCAUAUAGGGAAAAAAGUGAAAGUACAGCUUCUGCGCAAACCUUCUGUUGAAGAUAAGGAGUCUUUUACACAUGAUGUGAGAGAGACCCACCAUCACCUCAAUUCUGUCACAACUACAGCAGCUGCCACUGCAGCAGCCAUUGUUGCUACUGCACCUCUCCUCAAGGCCCAGACCGACCUCGAAACCAAGCUUUCUAAUGUGGCUGAGUUGGGGACUAAACUCCAGGAAAUGGAUCACCAGAUGAAGCAGGUUAUAGAACAGCAAGCAAAGGCUUGGGCUCAGGAUCCAAGAUCCAAAGAACAUCAAGAAAGAGUCAGAGAGCUGGAGACACAGUUGAACAUGCUCUUGAAUCAACGACUGUGCCAUUUGGAGAAACUGCAAGAACAGCAACUAGAGCUUCAGUCACGAAUGUUGACUUCAGCAUUCACAACAAGCAACAUCCAUCCUUUUGAUGCACCUCCAACACGUUCCGACAAGAUGACACAGAGUUCAGCAAUACAUUGUAGUGCAACACAGGCUCUGAAUCAAGGGCUCCAGCAGUUGCCAAGCAACAACAUCCAUUAUGUUUCUCUCAGAGAUGUGCCAUCUGACUCCUCUGCAACAGCACUGGUUUGUCGGAAUCAAUCUGUUGCUGCUGGAUUUGGCAUGAGAAGUUCUUUGCAGACGCCUGCUCCUCGUAGAUGUGUCCCUGUACCAAUGUCUAAGGAUGUUCAAGUUCAGCAAAAGAAGACAAAGUCUGCCAUUCAGAAGGCCAAAGUGAAUGCAGUGAUUUCUAUAGAUGGACAAGGAAAUAGGAAUUUUUUGGAAGAAAUUCUAAAUAAUCAGGAAACUCCAGCAAGUGAGAGAGAUGCUGAUGAGAAGACCAGUGUUGCCAUGACAACUGCAGGCAGACAUCCAGACAGGUCCAGCUCUGGCAACCCGCUGACUGAAUCGUUUACAGCCUUUGUAGCCCCCUCUAGGGGUUCUGGAUCAGCGGCUAGCAAAGGUAGCCCAGCUGUACAGAAAGCCACUGAUGUGCUGCAUGACCUUGGUAGACUGAAGAGAGAAAUGCAUGGAAUUCUACAGGAGACAGAGCACUGGCAAUCUUGCAUGCAAGACAUUAAGAGUGUGAGUGCCAAUCAGAGCAACAACCAUAAGCCUAUUGGCUCAGCGCUUCUGCAACAUCAUCUGCUCAAGCAGCCUACCUAUAUUGGCGGACAGAUAAACUCAAGUCUCUCACAGAAGCCUUCGCUGAUUCAGUCAGUAAAAGCAUCAAAAUCAAUGUUUGAAGAUGCUGAAAGAAUCCUGCGUGAGGUGCAAACCAAUAAGAAAUUCAUUGAAGAAAAUCUGGAAGCAAUUGUUCGAGCAAAAGAUAGUGCUUCUAUAUAUUCGUUAAUUGACUCCCUGGCUGCAGACAGUGAUGAAGCUGAGAAGAUUCGUAUUGGGAAAACUGUUGAUGCCUGGAUCACUGUUAUUAACCAGGACAUACAGAAUGAAAUUGCAAAGCAGAAUUUUCUUCACAAAGUUUCAUCAAAGCGAAAAGAACAGGAGCUGAAGAAAGGACGUGAUAUCAAGGCUAUCAAAUUUAACAAAGAUGUGAAGGAUAAAAGCCAAAAUAAACCAGAGUUAACAGCAAACAGGUCCUUGAGCACAGCAAGAAAUCUGCCGAAGCAGUUUAAAGAGCCUUGUGGAAGUAAAAACCUGAGAAGCAAGGCUGUCAUGCAGUCAUCGCAGCAGAAGGAGCAGAGGUCAAAGGUAUCUGCUGAUCUGGAUGGGAUUACUUCGAUAGACCCAGUGUUGCAAAGUGAAGAUUAUCUCAGAAGAAUAUAUGGAAAGGCAGUUUAUCAGGGACAUUGCAGCACUUAUAAAAAAGGCCCUUAUCUGAGGGUGAACUCUCCUAUACCUAAAUCCAAACCUCAGAGGCCUAAAAUGAUUGAGAAUAUUAAGGGUGUCAAGGUGAAAUCUGCUAGAACACAAACCACUCUGUUUGCACUCAAGACAGCCGUAACCAGCCCAGAGAGAAAGCGGCAUAUUUCUGUUCCAAAUUUUCAGAACAGUCAAUACCUGUUUAGUCCAUCACAUCGUAUAACAUCUACAUCACCUAUUUCAGGCCCAGUUGAAGGACAUCUUGUCCCAAUGGCAAUUGCCCUCGGUGAGCCACGGAUUGAUAGCGGUGUUCCACAAGCUGCAAGUUUGAUUAUCAACAGUGCACAUCCUAUCACCAUGUCAACCUCAGUUUGUCCAUCUCCUCCAAAACCACAGCCUCAGGUGAAAAAACCCAACGUAGCAGUAGUACAAAUGAAAUCUGAAAAGAGGGACCCUAUCAAGCUAACAGUACAGGUACUGCCAAGUGUAGAUAUUGAUAGCCUUCCCAGUAUCAGUCCUGCAGUAAGCCAGAGAUCAUCAAGCCCUGAACAGCAGCAAAUUAUGUACCAUCCUGCACAAACUCCGAUACAGUCAAAAGAAGCAGUCCAAAAUGAAAAAGAAGAUGGCACUGGUUUUCCAGGGGCCAGUUACAUUGCUGUUGUAGAUUUACCAAAGGAUCCAGAGACAGAUGAUGAACUUCAAGAAUCAUCCGAGCCCGGUAUAGAGCUGGAGGGCUUUGCUGAGUCCAUCCCUGUCGCCUACAAUGGUCCACCAUUCUCUCCCACUGCUCCUGCCCCUCAACCAGCUGUUGACAUUGUAGACAGAAUGAUAAAACGCAAGGAAUCCAUAGAAAACCAGUUGAUCGAGUGGGUUGAACAAGAACUCAUGUCCCGGAUCAUCAGUGAGAUGUAUCCCUUACAGCAACAGCCUGUGCCACAUGUCAGCCAAUAUGAAGAUGAAGAGAAUGUGCCAUUGGACUCAGAUAUUGUUGAAGCUGCUGGUGGAGGAGGCUUCCAGCUGUUUGUGGAUGCAGGCGUUCCUGUGGACUCUCAAAUGGUUCGACAGUUUGUAGAUGAAGCACUUGCUGAGAUUAUUGCCAUCAUGCUGGGUCAGAACCAGACUGAGAGCAGAACUCCUAUACGAGAACUUCCUCAACAUGAAACACCUUCACCAACGAUAUUGAUCCCAACACCAGAUGCAACCCCACCACACACUCCAUCACCUCCUGUUGGACGUCCAUCUCUGAUCCAAACACCAGAUGUCACACCCCAAGAUUCUGUAGCAGUAAUAGAAGAAAAAGAAUCAGAGUCUGAAUCAGAAUUAGAACCUUUAUUGAAGCCAUCGCCAGUCAUAGAUGCUGCAGGACUGGCGACUCCAGGAAAAUCAAGUCCUGUUAGUACUCCUGUUAUCACGCCAAUUCCUACUCCUUCAAGAGUGUCAACACCAUCACCAGUAACAGAACCUACCUCUGAGAAGAUGAAAAGUACAAGCUCAGUGCCUUCACAACAACUUCUAAACCCCUGGGGAAAUGCAGAGCUCCCGCUGGAGGAAGAAAAUCCCAGCUCAAUACAAGAAGCAGCUCCACAGCCAAGGGCUAUCGUUAUGUCAGUAGCCAAGGAUGAAGAACCUGAGAGUUUGGUUCUACCACCAUGUGCUGUUAUACCUGUAGUCCCAACUCCAGUUGAGCCACAAGUGCAAACUCCAACAUUCCCUGCUCAAUCGCUGACUCCACUACCAUCUACCGAAGAAAGUAGCUCAACGAUCUCCGUCACUGAAACUGAGACUGCUGACCGAAACAUCUCUGAAGGAGAGAUCCUAAUAAGCUAUGGGCAGCUGACUGCAGCAAAAGCUUUAGUAGAAGAAGGUAUAUCCUUUCCAAACCUCAAUAUUAGUUUGUCCAGUACACUCCAAGAUGCUCAAGAAAUGGAUGAAGAACCCCCCAGUGAGGGACAGGUAAUCUCAAAGCCUACCAAAGGGUUACAAAAAUACUCACUUGGCACAACGUUAGCUGAAGUCAGUCAAGGUCCCUAUGCUCCACAAGAAGUACAUCAUCCUGAGGACUCCGAAGAUGAUAGCAGCACAGGGCAAAUUAGUGAAGGCCAGAUGCCCAGAUUUACUGCAGCAGCAGAAAGCAUCCUGACUGGAAAGUCACAAUACAUAAAUUCUUUAUCAGUGAAUAGAGGCACAAGCUUACAGCAAAGAAGACGUUCACCAUCACCAGGGCAGUUUGAUACUCAAACAGAGAGGAAUGGAAGAGAGUUUGAUGCCAGCUAUGGACCCAUGACCCUGGCAGAUCUUGAAAUAUUUCCAGUCCCAGGACUUCACACCAGUCGAAUGAAAGGGGUGCCCCAGAAGACUCCAAUGGCAGAAGAUAGGGGACAGGGCGAUUACAUAUCAGCGAUGGAGCAAAAACCAGCAACUGCACUAGUGAUAAGAGUUGAAAGUAGAACUACGGAUACCAUACAGCCAAGUACCCAGGUUGAAAGGUCUCAUGAACUUCAAGCAACUCCUUUGAAAAUGUCUGUAACUCUACCUUCCAUGAAUGAAGAAGACCAGUCCGACAGCAUCAGCACUAUAGAUGCUGAUGAUACUUCUGGAGCUGAGAUCUUCUAAAUCUACCAAACACAGCCUUACAAAAGACUCUUAAAUGAUUUUUUUUUCUGCAAGUGUUUCAGAACAUUGUUAUUUUAAUGUUUUUGAUAAUUUUGUUUAUAUUUACAGUAACAAUUGAUAACCAUAGUUCAAAAACCUUUUUUAAAAACAUUAUUGAUUACAAUUGUAAUAAAUCUGGUAUGUUAUUGAUUGUGCUUUAGUUGUCAAUGAACAAUAAAUUUGAAGUUUCUCUUCUAGGAAGUCAGAUAAUGAUUAUCUUGUCUUUUUCAGAAAAGCAUUAAACCCUGAUGCUUAGUUAGCAUCAGUUCUUUUAGUUUCUUUCCAAAAUCAGUGUUUCUGGAGUAGAAAAAUGCCAAUUACCAUUAAAAGGUGGAGUGAUUAAACAAA